GUGCCAACGGUGCCAGAUGACGAAUUGAAGAUGCCUGACUGGAUCUUUGCCAAGCAUCAGCCCGCGAUCAUCGACCGGCUUAAGGCGGAGAUCGGGGGAGCUGCCUUCGCUUCCAAGAUCCUGAAAGGGAGCCGCCGCCCCAUCGAGGAGGGUACAUCCGAAGCGGUCGUCGACGUGUCGGAACUGCUUCAGCCAAAGAAAAAAUCAAAGAAGGCUUCCUCCUCCAAGGCGAAGGCGAAGGCUAGCGGGAAACGGAAUGCAGUGUCCGACACAAAGGAGAAUGCCGAGGAGCUCACUGCCGACGUCAAUGAAGUGGAGGGUUGUACCCGGAAGCGGUGGUGGCUCGACGAUCUCUUGACGGCCCUGAUCAAUGCUGCAGGCCUCCUCAUCAUCACCACCACAGCUACGAUGUUCAUGGUUCCAAUCAUCGAAUCGUAA